AUGGCUACCAAUGGCAACUCACGUCUUAUCAAUUCUCACUUCUCAAUCUCAUCCCUACUUUUAAUUCUCCUAGCCAUAUUACCAUCCGGGUCUCACAUUAUCAUGGGCUAUGGUUUCUCAAUCAGAGAAGCAACCAUUGAUGACCUCCAACUUGCUUUCAAGCAAAACCAACUCACCUCGAGACAACUCGUUGAGUUUUACAUUGGAGAAAUCCGGAAACUCAACCCGGUCCUUCAUGGAGUCAUAGAGGUGAACCCAGAUGCGCUAUAUGAAGCUGAUAAGGCAGACCACGAGCGCAACGCUAAGGCACCCAGGACACUAUCUGGGUUGCAUGGUAUUCCAAUAUUGGUCAAGGAUACUAUUGGAACAAAGGAUAAGCUGAAUACCACGGCUGGCUCGUUUGCACUGCUUGGCUCAGUUGUGCCUAGGGAUGCUGGUGUGGUAACCAAGUUGAGAAAUGCUGGGGCUAUCAUACUGGGGAAGGCUAGCUUGAGCGAGUGGGCUAAUUUUAUGUCACUUGCAGCACCAAGUGGUUUUAGUGCAAGAGGUGGCCAGGGCAAAAACCCUUACGUUUUAUCAGUAACUCCUUGUGGGUCAAGUAGUGGGCCAGCAAUAUCAGUUGCGGCAAAUCUGGUAGCAGUGGCACUUGGGACCGAGACUGAUGGCUCAAUCCUAUGUCCUGCCAGUUUUAACUCAGUAGUAGGCAUCAAGCCAACAGUUGGGCUCACCAGCCGAGCAGGGGUCAUCCCAGUCUCUCCUAGGCAGGACACUAUUGGGCCAAUCACGAGGACAGUAUCAGAUGCUGUUCAUGUUCUUCAUGCCAUUGCAGGUUUCGACUACAAUGAUAAAGCAACAAAGAAUGCAUCAAGAUACCUUCCACGUGGUGGCUAUAAACAGUUUCUAAAUGCUUAUAGGCUUAAAGGGAAGAGGUUGGGAAUAGUUAGGAAUCCCUUCUUUACUUCUGGCACUGGAUCUCUCCAUGCUAAAGCUUUUGAGCAUCAUUUCCAGACUCUAAGGCAAGAAGGUGCAAUUUUGAUAGACCACUUGGAAAUAGCCAACAUCGAUGUUAUCUUGAAUGUCACAUUAAGUGGGGAAGUAAUAGCUUUGCUGGCUGAGUUCAAACUAUCCUUAAAUGCAUAUCUAAAAGAUCUGGUGAUUUCUCCAGUGCGGUCCUUGGCAGAUGUAAUAGCCAACAACAAGUUCUCAGAUGUGGAAAAGAUUAAGGAAUAUGGCCAAGCCAUCUUUCUAGCAUCCCAAGCCACGAAUGGAAUUGGUAAUAAUGAGAAAGCAGCAUUGCUUAACUUGAAAAAACUUUCGAGAGAUGGAUUUGAGAAACUGAUGCGUAAGAAUAGGUUAGAUGCACUGGUAACACCUGGUCCAGAUGCUGCUUCAGUUCUUGCAAUUGGGGGAUUCCCUGGUAUUAAUGUCCCUGCAGGAUAUGAUAAUAACGGUGUGCCCUUUGGCAUAACCUUCGGAGGACUAAAGGGCUCAGAGCCAACGUUGAUUGAGAUUGCAUAUGGCUUUGAGCAGGCUACUAAGAUUAGAAAGCCACCUUCAUUUAAACCUUGA